AUGAGUACGGAAAGUAGUGUUGUUGCAAUUAUCAAUACGGGUGAAGAAGAAACAUUGGGAAACAACAGUCCUACAUUUCACAACACUCCAAAUGGACCAAACUCCACAGACAAUGAUGAAAGACCGUCCUGUAAAUUUGGAAGGCAAUGCUUUAGGCAAAAUCCAAGACAUCGACUAGAUAUGGCACAUCCAGGAGAUGUAGACUAUAUUGUUCCGGAUAUGCCCGAACCCAAUGUUGAUGCACCCAAGUGCAAAUAUGGCAGAAAAUGUUAUAGGCUUAAUCCAGAGCAUUUUAAAAACUUUGAACACCCUCGCAAUAUUAACAUACAACAAAACUAUAGAAAAUACUGCCUGCAACGUCAAGGAAAUAGAAGAAAUAGCGGUAGUAGUUUUGAUUAUAAUUUCAGUGAUGAUGAUGAAGAGGAUCCAUUUGCUGGAGAUUCAGGUUCGGAUUAUGAGCCCAGUAAUGAUGAAGAAUAAUAAUAUAAUUUUAAUUCAAAUUUAUUGAGCUUGUUCAGAUUUACAAAUGCUUUGUUAUUUUAGAAAUAAAAUUAAUAAAAAUAGGUCGAAUAAAUUAGGCUGCAAAUAAUUUUACCAUUUAA